GUCUUUAGACUCUCCCCCACUCCGUUUCACUAACUGCACUCCGCUCCGUGUUUUCAUUCUCAUCUGGUCAACGUCACAAGUAGGAAGUGGAUACGGAAAGACUUAACAAACAGCCACAGGUGUAGCAUUCAAGCUGAACCUGCCCGACACAAAUCUCAGCGUUUCGGUCAGCGAUGUUGAAGGCGGUUAUUUUAAUUGGGGGCCCCCAGAAAGGCACAAGGUUCAGGCCGCUGUCAUUUGAAGUGCCCAAACCCUUGUUUCCAGUAGCUGGUGUGCCCAUGCUCCAGCAUCACAUCGAAGCAUGUGCCAAGGUACCAAAUAUGAAGGAGAUUUUGCUCAUCGGCUUUUAUCAGCCAAAUGAAGAACUGACCAGAUUCCUGUUUAAUACACAGCAGGAAUUCAAAAUUUCCAUCAGGUAUUUGCAGGAGUAUGCUGCCCUGGGCACCGGAGGGGGCAUCUAUCACUUCAGAGAUCAGAUUGUCUCCGGCAGUCCAGAAGCUUUCUUUGUUCUGAAUGCUGAUGUUUGCUCAGCGUUCCCUCUCACGGAGAUGCUCAGCUUCCAAAAGGAACACGGAGAACCAAACAGCUUUGUUAUCCUUGGGACAACGGCAAACCGAAAGCAAUCCAUGAAUUACGGCUGUAUUGUUGAAAACGAGGAAUCAAAUGAGGUCUUGCAUUACGUGGAAAAGCCUAGCACAUUUGUGAGCGAUAUCAUAAACUGCGGAAUAUACCUCUUUAAACCAGACAUCUUCCAGCAUAUCGGCGCCGUCUUCCAGAAGAACCAGCAGGACAUGUUGCUAGAGGAGCCAACCAACGGCUGGCACCGAGCAGAGGCCAUCAGGCUGGAGCAGGACAUUUUCACUGCCCUGGCAGGACAGGGCAAACUCUACGUCUAUAAAACCCUCAGCUUUUGGAGCCAGAUUAAAUCUGCAGGGUCUGCAAUUUAUGCCAGUCGGUUGUACCUCAACCAGUAUCACACAACUCAUCCUGAAAGACUGGCCUCAAAUAAGGAGGGAGGGCCCAAGAUAAGUGGUAAUGUCUAUAUUCAUCCUACAGCCAACAUUGAUCCCACUGCUAUGUUGGGUCCCAAUGUCUCUAUUGGCACUGGAGUUACAAUUGGUGCUGGGGUCAGAGUUCGAGAAUCCAUCAUCCUUCAUGGUGCAACUCUACAGGAUCACUGCUGUGUUUUGAACAGCAUUGUGGGAUGGGACAGCACCAUUGGCAAGUGGGCAAGAGUAGAAGGAACCCCAAGUGACCCAAACCCCAACGAUCCCUUUGCAAAGAUUGACAGCGAGACCCUCUUUAGAGAAGGAAAACUCACACCUUCAAUUACUAUUCUCGGUUGUAACGUGACCAUCCCCUCCGAGGUGAUUAUACUCAACUCGAUCGUCCUCCCUCACAAAGACCUCAACCGCAGCUUCAAAAACCAAAUUAUUCUCUAGUUAAUCUUCCUCGCGCUUCUGUCCACUUACUGUCACUGAUAAAGGAUGCAGCUGGGUGCACGCCGGCACUGCCUCUGAGUUACUGUAUAUAAGAUGUCAAAAAUGAAGAUGUGCGGCAUUCAUUAAAUAGUUUUGAAAGAUAGAUUUUUAUAUAUUUGUCCUCAAGCCUUUAUGCAUCAUUGGGUGUCGGCAACAUUAGAGAGAGGCUAAUCACGCAUGUUGAUUCACCUUGAAAAGUGCUGUCAUGCGAGAGGUUUAUAUUGUUUUUUUUAUUAACUUUACCGAACUGUAAAAUUACUGCAGACACUAGUGUAAUUUAUUUGGUUGGAUGUAAUAUGACAUAUAAAAAAAAAAGUCAGUUUUCUCAAGGGCAUCCUUGACAAACCUGAGACCUGUAACUUCAGCAAGAGAAGAGAAGCUAUUAGAAAAUUUUUAAAAAUCCCUGGCUAAUGACGGCUAAUUUUUUUUUUUAGAGCUGAUCAUUUGUGUGGAGCUCUGAUUAAAACCGUUAAGCAUC